AUGACCGAGGGUACUGCAGAGUUCAUAGUUUCAGGCCUUUCCGAGCCUUGCCAGACUUGGUACAAAAUUGUCGGUGACCUCAAUACAUCUAAAAUACCAUUAAUUGUAGUCCACGGAGGACCAGGAGCAUGCCAUGAGUAUCUGCUUCCAUUGGAAGACCUCGCAAAAUAUAUUCCUAUCAUCUUUUACGACCAAAUCGGCAAUGGGCUAUCGACUCAUCUACCAGACAAAGCUGGAGAUGAAGUAUUCUGGAGCGUCGCACUAUUCCAAAAUGAACUCGAUAAUCUCAUAAAUCAUCUAGGAUUAAAGGAUCGACCGAUUGAUGUCUGCGGACACUCAUGGGGUGGAAUGCUCGCAGCCGUAUGGGCAUCUGACCCAGCGAGAUCAAGAAACCUCCGACGCUUGAUUAUCUCAAGCAGUCUGGCUAGUAUGGAGGUAUGGAAGAUUGGUCUCAAUACACUCAGGAAAAAACUUCCGUUAGAAAUUCAAAAGGUGUUGGAUCAUGGAGAUGAAAGCAAGGAUUACGAGAGCCCGGAGUAUCAAGCUGCCAUGGAAGUCUUUUACCAGCGCCAUCUCAGUCUUGCUAGACCAUGGCCAGCACCCGAAGUUCAAGCUGUGCUGAACUGGUUCGCAAGGGAUGCGACUACGUAUGGUACUAUGUAUGGCCCUUGUGAGCUUGUCCCCAAUGGAAAUCUUCGCAACUGGACGUCGAUUCCGAAUUUGGGCAAAAUCAAGGCUCCGACGCUUUUGAUCAAUGGAACUGAGGAUGAAGCACAGGGUGUGGCAAUGCAACCAUUUUUCGAGCAUAUUGGGAAGGUUAAGUGGAUCGUUUUGGACAACGCCGCACAUUUUUGCCACGUUGAUCAACGAGAAAGGUUCAUGAAACAUUUGAAAUCAUUCCUAGUAGACGCUUAA